AGUAGCCAGAGGGACUGGAGACAGAGCUGAGCACUGGAGAAGCAGAGAGGAGCUGCAGGAUCUCCCCAGGGUGAGGGACAUGUGCACAUGGGAGGACUGCCCUAACUUCACUUUCACCCACUAGUCUUCCUGGCACCUCUCAGCUGGUGCUGCUAUCAUUGCUAUUAUCACCCUCAUCAUUUUCCUCCUACCCCCCCUAUUAUCCCUCUCUUCCCACUUGGAGAAACUGAGUCCCUGGUUGCCAUGGUGUCCCAGCUGAAAGUGGAGAAUAUUUAACAAGGGGGAGGCUGGAGCCAGCAGGCAGACAAACUGGUGCCAUCAGGACUGGAGAAGAGACAAGGCUUGAGCUGCUUGUGCUGGACUGCAAUGAGAGGGGGGGACCAGACAACUUCUCCAAACCCCCCUCAUCCCUUCUGAUGCAUCAUUUAUGAUCCCUGACAAGAGAGGAUAGCCCAGGUCACUGAGUUCUCUCCAGCACCAUGGAUCAUUCCCAGUGCCUUGUGACUAUCUAUGCCCUGGUGGUCUUCUUGGGACUCAGAAUAGACCAAGCUGUGUGCCAGCAUUACUUACACAUCAGACCAGCUCCUAGUGAAAAGCUACCACUGGUGGAUCUUAUCGAACAUCCGGACCCUAUCUUUGAUCCCAGGGAGAAGGAUCUUAAUGAGACUGAGCUGAGGACUCUCUUGGGUGGCCACUUUGACCCCAACUUUAUGGCCAUCAACGUGCCCGAGGAGAGACUUGGAGUGGAGGACCUGGCAGAGCUUGACCUGCUCCUGAGGCAGAAGCCCUCUGGGGCCAUGCCAGCUGAAAUCAAGGGGUUGGAGUUUUAUGAGGGGCUUCAAGGAAAGAAACACAGACUGAGUAAGAAACUGAGAAGGAAGCUCCAGAUGUGGCUCUGGUCCCAAACCUUCUGCCCUGUACUCUACACGUGGAAUGACUUGGGCAUCAGAUUUUGGCCCCGCUACAUGAAAGUGGGCAGCUGCUACACCAAGAGGUCUUGUUCUGUACCAGAGGGGAUGGUUUGUAAAGUUUCCAAGUCCAUGCAUCUGACCAUCUUAAGGUGGAGAUGUCAACGCAGGCUAAACCAGCGCUGCACGUGGAUACCCAUACAGUACCCCAUCAUAUCCGAGUGCAAGUGCUCCUGCUAGGACUCCAUGGACCUCAGUAAAGACAUGGCUUUAUGGUUAAUGUUGUAUGCACUGUAACAUGUAG